CCAUGUUUGUAUUGCCGGAAGUCGGUCAAAAUGCAUCAUCUCUUUUUUUUUCAUCAUAGUGUAAAUAUAGAUUUGUGAUCAUGGAAGAAAUUCGUUGUGAAAAGCAUGGUCAACCAUGCAUGCUGAAGACGGGAACCAAACCUGGUACUACCCAUGGAAUGAGUUUCUAUGUGUGUAGCAGAGAAGACUCGUGUGGCUAUGCUCAAAAGACAGAUCUAGCUCCACAGACUUGUCCCAACCACCCUGGUAACACAAUGGAACUGCAGUCUUUGGCAUAUGGCAAGAUCUCCGGUGAACAUAGAAAAUAUUUCCGUUGCCGGGGACGACCAGAAACACAGACAUGGUGUGGCUAUUUUUCUUCUAAGAACAAUCCUUCAAAAUUUUCAGAAAAACGUACAAGUCCUAAAGAAAGAGAUGACCACAGAAAACACCAUGACAACAGAGGAAGUCCAAACAAUGAGAAUUAUGGCAACUCAAACACAUCAGACCAAAUCGCCAACAGAAUGGAAAAACUUGUUCUGGAACCUGGUCAAAAAGACCAGGGAGACGUUCCGAGAGCUUCAAACAAAUUGAAGCUGAAAAAGAACACCACUGUUACUUCACCACCACCUGCAGAACUUAGUUUUGCAAAGUUAUCAGAACAAAGUAGACAGCAGAAAAACUCUUCAGUGAGUGAUGAUAGUGGCUAUAGUGCUGAGAAGAAAUCUGUCUUAAACAAUUUGAAAAUGGGUGGACGCAGGGAGUCUACAGCAGCUUGUAUAGAUCUUACAAGUGACGAUGAAAAUGACAGUGAUAUUCAUGUCGAUCGCGACAGCGGGAAUGAAGAUGUAGAUGAAAGAUUGGCCGAGGGUGAUUUGUUUACGCAGUCACCUGAGAAUACUGACAGAAUCGGUCAUAGUCCACGGACUUCGGAGUCAACGACAAACUCUUCAAGUGGUCCAGGUCCAGACCGAAGUCAGAAUCAAACAAAAGAUACAUCACGUGUUAAAAGUCCACAGGGCGCUAUUAGUAGCAAAACCGACGCAAGUGGAAAACAUUCUGUAGGACUUCCGACACAGACGAGACCAGAAGCGACAUCUGGGAAGCCAAUAGUCACAGUUCCUCAGUCUAUCGCUGACCGCCCAUCUCUGAUCUCAAGUAAUUCUAGUGUUCCUAUUCAGGCCAAAGACAAGGCUCCUCAGUCUAUCGUUAUGCACCCGUCUCAACCGUCUGGCAAUACUACAGCCUCAUUACAGACAAAACCAUCUAUGACCUCUGGGCAAUCAAAGGUCACUGUUCCUGAACCCAUCGUCGUACACACAUCUCAAAAUAUGAGCAACACAGGAUUUCAAACAGCAAGCCAGUUAAGCCUGAAGCAAGACGUUGAUGUCAGAGAUAGUUUGUUGAACCGUCUACAGAAACAGAAGCAAAUUAUAGCAACUGUGAAAAUGUCUACUCUACCAGACCGUGGUAAGAAACUGAUGGGAGAGGUCGAAAAACUUCAAAAUGCCAUCUCUGUUUACAACAAAAAAAUAGCGGACCAUAAAAGCAGAAAUCAGACAGUUACAGUAAAACGUCCAGAAAUCAAAGUGAUUCAGUUACCCGCCCAGCCAGGUGGUACACAUGGUGGUACAGGACAGCUCCAGCAACUUCCUCCAGGUGUCAAGGUGAUUCGACUUCCGGCACAGCCAGGAGGUGGCCACGCCGCUCACAAUCCUGAUGGACUUCGUCAGACCAGCAUUUUACCCCACACCGCCAACAUACCUCCCCACAUUCUCCAACAACUGUAUGCAGAGAACCCCCAGGCCAUGCAGCUGUAUGGAGGGAGGAUGACAGCCGCUCGGUUGAGGGAGGUCGGCAGCGUCACCAAGGAGGCUAUAGAGAAACUGCACAAACAGCUGGAGACCUGCCCUGGGGAGGAGAUGGAGCUGACAGAUCCCAAGGGGCUCACCGUUCCCCUGAUGACCCAUCAGCGAAGGGCACUCGCCUGGCUGUCGUGGAGGGAGAAACAACAACCCCAGGGAGGAAUACUUGCUGAUGACAUGGGUCUGGGUAAAACACUGACCAUGAUAUCCCUGAUAGCCAAACAGAAGGAAUCAAGAGAGGCCACAGAACAGGAGGAGGAGGACAGUGAUGGAUGGAAGAGCAAAGACAAGGAAAUGAACAAAUUUGGGAAAAAUCUGGUGAAGUCGAAAGCGAACUUGGUUGUGUGUCCGGCUUCCCUUAUCCACCAAUGGCACAAAGAGAUCGAGAGACGUUGUCGGUCAAACCUUCUGUCCGUCCUGCUGUAUCACGGGCCCAACAGGGAGAAAAGUAUUAAACGGCUCGCUGAACAUGACGUAGUCAUCACCACGUAUAACAUUGUGGCAAAAGAAGUUGGCUCCUCCUUGACUGCCAGUGCAGACGAACCGGUGAAGGAUGACGAAGAACCUGAAAAUCCUCAGUCUGGGACGUCGGACCCUGUCUUGCAGUGUAACCUGCUGAGAAUCGUAUGGGAGAGAAUUCUUCUGGACGAGGCACACAACAUCAAGAACCACAAGAGUCUCACUGCUAUGGCUGUGAGUCGUUUGAGAGCAUCAUACAGAUGGGCUAUCACUGGUACCCCAAUACAGAACCAACUUCUGGACAUGUACUCACUUUUGAGAUUCUUGAGGUGUUCCCCAUUUGAUGAGUACAAAGUUUGGAAACAACAAGUAGAUACGGGAAAGUCUUCGGGACAAAACAGGCUGAACAUUCUUGUGAAAUCGUUGUUGCUACGGAGGACAAAAACACAGACAGACAAGACAGGGAAACCCUUGGUUGCCAUGACCUCCAAGUCAAGUAAAGUGUGGGAAUUAGAACUAUCAGAAAGUGAAAGAUCUGUGUAUGACCGAGUCUUCUCCCAGUCUCGGUCAGUACUAAAAGAAUAUCUUAGAAGACAGGAUGAGAAGGAGGGUAUUACCAAUGAGAACAUCAACCCGUUCAAAGAUCGUGAAGACAAUGGUAGAAUGGGCGGGGUGGGAGGUGCCACACCCCAGAACAAGAAGGUUGGAGCUCAACAAAUCCUUGUGUUGCUGCUGCGACUGAGACAGUGCUGUAGCCACCUCAGUCUCAUGAGAGAUGCAUUUGACGAGGAGACUGCCGAGUCAGAAGGACUGGAAUUAGACAUUGCUGAACAGAUGAGAGACCUUAUGCUGGAAGAGCCAGGCAAACCCGAGGAACCCAAACUGACUAAAGCCUCGCCAAUCUUCGAACAGUCAUUUCUGAGCACAAAGAUGAAAUUCUUAUUAGAAAAACUGAAAGAAAUCGGAGAAGGCAAGGAAAAAAGGCAGAAAAGUGUUAUCGUGUCUCAGUGGACUAAGAUGUUGGAGAUUGUUGGCCUUCAGUUGGAUAAACUCAACAUCAACUACAGUAUAAUCAAGGGCAACGUUCCACCAAAGAAGCGUGCAGAAGCUGUGGAUGCGUUCAAUUUGAGCAGCGGGGGACCAGAAGUGAUGCUGGUAUCCCUUCGAGCCGGAGGAGUUGGGCUCAACUUGAUCGGAGGCAACCAUCUGUUCUUACUGGACCAACACUGGAACCCUUCCCUGGAGGAACAAGCUUGUGAUAGAAUCCAUCGUGUUGGACAAAAGAGAGAUGUCUUUAUACACAGGUUUUUGUGUCGUGACACGGUUGAAGAGAAGAUUGUCCAGUUACAGAAGCGGAAACAGGCCAUCGCAGAUAACGUAUUGUCAGGAUCCGGCGUAUCCAAGACCAAGCUGACGCUUGCAGAUCUGAGGAUGAUAUUUGGAGUAUAACUUGAAGUCUCUAUUUCUGCGUUGUGAUGGAAGCAGUCUAUGAAGAGAUUUUAUCAACAUCAUUGAAAUAUAACCUGAUAUAGUCUUCUCUCGAACAUAAACUGUUAACUCUACAAAUCAUGAACAGAUAUUUUCUUGAUAAACUGUUUUGUAUUAAACAUGCAAAAUUAUGUUGGCUUUCAUAUUUUAUUCUUGUACUGCCUAGGUAGUGCAUAAACAUCAUGACUAUUCUUUCAUUAUGAAGUUUAUAUACUGGUGGAUGUCAAAGAAUUAUACCAUAUUGGUUUUUAGAAAUGACCAUUAUCUGUGAAAUAUUGAUAUCAAAGUUUUACUUUCUACACAAACAAUGCACUGUACGUAUUAAACGUGUUGCAACGUUUCAAAACCGACUGGUCCUUUUGUCAAGCUACCUUGAUGAACCUUAUUGAAAACUGUGAAAUAUUGUUUUAGAAGUAGGCCUUAACUUAACACAUGUGCAAUACAGUAUAGGAUAUUAAUGGUUCUACACAAGAAUACUAAGCAACAUUCCUAAGAAAUGACCUCUAGACAACUCAUAUUUCCUCACUAUUAUCAUAUCAACAUACAUUCUAAUAGAAUCACACCUUAUAUGUAUAUAUAAGGGUUAGUUACAUGUUUUAUGUUAUAAUUUUUUAGCUUUUACAAUUUGGGUUUAACUCUCAACCCUCUCCUUACAUCGAUCAAUCCAGCAAAGAUUUUUCUAUUGUCCAGUUUCUAGCAUCUUUCCUUGUUAUAUGUAAUAUUCGAUAGACUGUUUUAAAACAAGGUGCCUAGGUAUGUAUGUCAAAGUUUAAAAUGAUGGGGAACAUCAGAACUAAGUGAUUCAGUGUUAAUUUAUGUGUUAAGGGGUGAGGGCAACGUCUUACAAUUAUAUAUUGAAAUGUCAGGGUAUUUUAAUGUAAACAGGGAUUCGAAGGGCUUCCUCCUGACGACUCCCUGUAUUUAGGGAUUUGUGGGUUUGAAUUCCUACCAGUUACAAAUAAACCCCAGUAACAUACAACGUCUUCACAAUACACUGAUAUAAGUUUGCGUAACUGAUGAUCGUCAUAAAAUGUUAAAAUAAAAUAAGUUAAUAUAUUAAAGACAUUUUGAAGUUUUACAAUCUAUAAAUUAUAUUAUUGUUAAGUCUCCUGGGGAAGCCAUCGUCCUGAAGUUGACUUCGUGAGGGAAUGGGUCGGUGAAAGGGUUAAACAUGUUUGAAUUGGUGUACCGUAAGUUCAAGUCAUAGAUUGCCUUUCAUGUUGGUAUGUAUACAGAAAAAAUCCUUCCUAUUUACAUUGUUUUGUUAUUUUCUGGGUGCACAUCCAUUGCAAGUACUCUCAGAGUCGUACACUUUUAUUUCCCAUCUAAAAAGGUAGACGGAAAAGAAAAUUGUGUCUAGUCUACAACUUUCAUCCCACUUAAACAAAGUAUAUACUAUGUAAAUGUCGGGGAUUUAAAAACAUUCAAGUUAGCAAAUAUUGGGGAAUCAGACCGAACAGCAAGCAUUUCGAAGAUAAUACCACAUACCCAACAAUCUCAAAACUUCUUUUUUUCAACAAAUCACAAGCAAUGCUAGACAAUACAAAAUUUUACUGAAAAUUGAAUAUGAACAAUUCAUAUAAAACCGUUUUGUUAUAUGACAACUGGUUGUUUAAUAAUGGAUAAUGUAUUGUAGUAUUGUAGCAUUAUAAAUACAUCUUCACUCACAGAUAAUUGUAUUGUGUCCAGGAUGGGCAAAUAUAUUGUUUCAUUUACUUUAUAUCAAACCAGUGCUUUAUGUAAAUGUAACAUUAUUUAUUUUAAGAAUAAAGAACUGAAUAC